AUGGGGCUGUCCACAGUGCACACGGUGCUGGGCAUCCUGUGGGGGUUCAUUCGAGAAAUCAGCCUGGAUUCCUGCAUUGCCCAGUCCUACUUCAUCCAUGGUCUGUCCUUCAUGGAGUCCUCUGUCCUCCUUACUAUGGCCUUUGAUAGGUAUAUCGCUAUUUGCCAUCCACUGCGUUAUUCCUCCAUUCUGACUAGUUCCAGGAUUUUCAAAAUUGGGCUCAGUAUAGUAGCUAGGAGUUUCUUCUUUAUUACACCCCUCAUCAAUCUGAAAUUUUUCCAUUACUGCCGUUCCCACAUCCUCUGUCACUCAUUCUGCCUGCACCAGGACCUUCUCCGCCUAGCGUGCUCAGAUAUCAGAUUUAAUAGCUACUACGCCCUGGUGCUGGUCAUUUGCACACUGUUGUUGGAUGCUGUUCUGAUCCUUUACUCCUAUGUCCUGAUUCUUAGGGCAGUCCUGGCAAUUGCCUCUCAGAAGGAGCGGCAUCAAUCAUUUCAGACCUGCGUCUCCCACAUGCGUGCUGUUCUGGUGUUCUGCCUCCCUACCAUUAGCCUCACAAUGGUGCACCGAUCCGGCACGCAUCUCUCCCCCGUGAUCCAUGUACUUAUGGGCAACAUCUACUUCCUUUUCCCGCCUUUGAUGAACCCCAUCAUCUACAGCAUCGAGACCCAGCGGAUUCGGAGUAGAAUGCUCAGACUCUUUUCUCUGAAAAUAUAUUGA